GAGAGGAGAGCAGCCGUGUGUUCUUGUGUCUUCUGGCUUCGCUUCUCCCCCUCUGCAAGACUGCAACCACAACAAUUUACAAGUAGCGGCAGCGGCGCCGGCGGCGGUUGUGCAGGCUUCCGAGGGCCAAGGGCGGCGUGACGGAGGCGGCGAGGUUGCAGACUUUCAGCGGCCGCGUGCGAGUUGCUGCAUGAGCACCAUGGCGUGGUAUCCGUUGCCGCAGAGUGGAACCGCGCUGUCGGCCGGCGACGAGAUCUUCGAUAACCAGAGCGCCGGCUGGUCGCUGUGGAGUUUCAGCUCCUCGGACGAUCAGAGAACAGCCCCGGCGUGUUCAGUCAAGCAGGAACGCGGCGUCGCGCUUUCAGAAGAGCAGUCUGUCCCGGCGCCACUCGAGCCGCAUCAGUGCACGCACCCAACCGACGAGAUCUUCCUGAGCCAGUUCUCGGACAAGGAGAUGCGGCGGAUGGAUGCCCCGUUCGAGGCGCUGGACAUGUUCCCGGACUCGAUGCACCGUCUCCUCUCCUACGAGGACAUGCUCACCGGGAAUUCAUUCGAGGAUCAUCAGGGUGCCAAGCUGGACCGGAACGGGGUGGACACGAUGGACACCUGCGGCUUCCCUCUCUUCAGCCACGACCUGCAGACCGCGGAGCCGAACAGCACCAGGGAUACCCCGUCCAUGGAUAAGGAUGGGAUGGGCACGAUGAAGAGGAGCAGAUCGUUCGCUGUUGACGACGAGAGACCGAGGGGCUUCAAGGCGCUGGUGCUCGAGGAACUCGAGGACGUGGUGUUCCAGCUGACCAGGAAGACGCGGAUCUGCUUCCGGGACGCCUUCUUCAGGCUGGCUGAGGGCAAUGCGUCCAGGGUCCCAGCAGUAGAAGCUUGCCCGGAGCGCGGGGCGAACGCUAUCGACAGGACGGUGGCGGACCUGGCGAUGAGGAAACCGUGCCCCGCUCCUCUUGAUGUCCACGGUAGCUGCCUCGCCGGCGGCUCGGGGGUGGCGGCGGCGCAGUCCGCGACCGGCUGGACGGCCAGGGCGUAGGAGACUGGCAGGCUGAUCCAUCUUUGUUUACCAGCUACAUGAUGAUGGCCAAUUGGCCAUGUGUUUGCGAAGAUGCAGUAGAAGCAGAGAUCUGUACAUACUGCUGUAACAUUUUCAGCCUCUUUUUACAUGAAAAUAAAUUAAUUAAAUAAUGUAGUUUUGUUUAUCAUGAUAAUGGUUUUCUCCAUAAUUAUCAUUUGUCA